AUGUCUCAGCGCAGGAGACCAUUGACGUCGUACAGUAGCACAGCGUCUUCAUCCUACGGGUACUACCCGUAUGGCGAGUACAAUACUACAACGACAUCGCGCCCUGGUACUCGAAGAGGUACUGGCCGGCCCUCCACUGCUCGUCCGCGGACUGGUGCAUCCACCAUAGCCCGCAUCGAAGCUCAAAAUGUGGUUUGCGCCGUCGCCGAGUCGCGCGGUAUCUCACCCACAGUUGGCCUCACAUUUGUAAACCUUGACACCGCUGAAGCAGUACUCUGUCAGAUCUGUGACAGUCAAACCUACAUUCGUACAGUUCACAAGCUCAAAGUGUAUGCCCCUUCAGAGAUCCUCAUCGUUUCGACUGCGGCGAGCCCGAAGUCAAAGUUGUUCUCUAUCAUUGAGGAAAGCUUGGAAGAUAUUGAUAGCAAAAUCACCCUGCUUGACCGGCGUUACUGGGCUGAAUCUACGGGUUAUGAGUACAUCCAUUCGCUGGCUUUCAAAGAAAACGUCGAGGCUAUCAAAAUCUCAGUGACUGGCAAUUAUUACGCCGUAUGCUGUGCAGCUGCAGCGCUCAAAUACAUCGAUCUAGGCUUAGGACUGGUGUUUUCUUAUCACUCGCUCAGAAUCAGAUACGAGCCUUCGGAAGGUUCAAUGAUGAUCGAUGUUUCCACGAUAUACUCUCUAGAACUUAUCCAGAACCUUCAGAAUGCAAGGUCCAGGGAUUGCCUCUUUGGACUUCUUAAUGAGACCUUGACACCAAUGGGGGCCCGACUACUUCAAAAUAAUGUUUUACAGCCACUCACUGAUGCGGAUGUCCUUCAUACUCGUUAUGCUGCAGUGGACGACUUAACCAAGAAAGAGGAAAUGUUCUUUGCGACCCGUGCGGCACUCAAGACUUUUCUUGACGCCGACCGUAUACUCACGGCACUCAUUGUCACUCCAGCCAGACCAACCCUGCACACCACUGAACAAGCUAUCAACCAGAUCAUCAUGCUAAAGCAAUUUGUCGGCACCGUGAACCCGAUAUACGAGGCUCUUACAGGCACAACAUCCACCAUGUUGAACAACAUUCGCGAGCUUUGUGCCCCUGAGAAUGUUGCGCCCAUACAGGAACUGAUUAAUCGUGUUAUUAAUACAGAUACUACAUACGCCAAGCAGCCUCUAGAAUUGCGCAAUCAACGCGUGUACGCCGUCCGAUCUGGUGUCAACGGACUACUCGAUGUUGCCCGCACCACCUACAAGGAAGCUACCGAAGACGCAUACCAGCAUUCUAUUGAGCUCAGCGCUGAACACGAUAUUCGGCUUGAUCUCAAGUACGAGAGUGCCCGUCAAUUCUACAUGAAGAUCCCACUGUCUGAGCUUGAAAACAAGGCGCUGCCUCCUAUCUUCACGAACGUUGUACAACGUAAGAAGUAUAUAGAAUGUCAAACGGUUGAAUUGAUGAAGCGUAACCAGAAAAUCGCCGUAUCUCAUCAAGAGGUUAUCUUGAUGAGCGAUCAAGCUGUAGAAGGACUAAUCGAAGAAGUUCGCAGUCACAUGUCCAUCAUGUUCAAAAUCUGCGAGGCGGUGGCACUGUUAGACAUGCCCCAGCUUUCUGAAACUCUUGGUAUUGAGGCCGGACGCCAUCCGAUAAAAGAGAAAAUUAUGCAGACAAAAUACGUUCCGAAUGAUGUGUAUGCUACGCAGCAAACGCGAUUCCAGGUCAUUACAGGUUGCAAUAUGAGUGGGAAGAGUACUUAUAUCCGCUCUAUAGCCUUGAUGACAAUAAUGGCGCAAAUUGGCAGCUACGUUCCAGCCACAUACGCAUCGUUUCCUAUCCUUCACCAGCUGUUCGCGAGGCUGGGAAUGGACGAUAAUAUAGAUACUAAUGUCUCUACCUUUGCAGCGGAAAUGAGAGAGAUCGCCUUCAUACUCCGCAACGUAGAUAAACGUAGCAUGGUCAUCAUUGAUGAGUUAGGCCGUGGCACGAGCACAAGGGAUGGACUGGCCAUCGCUUUGGCCAUUGCAGAAGCUCUCGUUUCCAGUCGGGCCCUCGUUUGGUUCGCAACACAUUUCAAGGACCUCGCAACGAUCAUGAGCGAGCGAGCAGGGGUACAAAACUUGCAUCUGGCCGUUGAAAUCGAGAGUGAGCGCAGCAUGACCAUGCUCUACAAAGCCACUCAAGGGGUCGUCAAAGAAGCACAUUAUGGUCUCACACUUGCUCGAGUUGUCCCUCUUCCUCCCGGAGUCGUAGAAAAUGCUACACAGGUUGCCCAGCAGCUUGAACGUCACAUGCUACAAAGGAAACAGACAUGUGCAACCGUACUCAGGCAGAAGCGUCGCAAGCUCAUCCUCAACCUCAAGGAACAUCUCCUCCAAGCCCACAGCGGCGUCCUCGAGGGCGAAGUCCUCACUGCAUGGCUCAUUGAACUAAAGAAGGAGUUUGUAAACCGCAUGACUGCUAUCGAGGCCGAAUCCGCUGGAGCCCAGCAGCAGCUUGAUGACAGUUUCGAGCACGAGCAUGAGUACAUAGACGAAGUCAUGAGCGAUGUCAGCGACCACGAAGAAUCCGAGCAAUCAUGUACACCCCAUGCUUCCCAACCGUUGUCCGUAGGCACAAGCUCCUCGCAUUCCUCGCACAUGACUUGGACAGCGUCCGAGUCGACUCCCCGCGCCAUUACUGCAUCUACUAUUCGUGCAGUAUCGGAAAACGAGCGGUAG